UUGUUGGGUCAAGAUUAUCUGACCGACACGCGGCUGUUGAAUCCAGUGGAGUUGCCGGUAACCAGGUACCGACUACUUUUUGACGGUGAAUAAGGAAGGAAGGAAGGAAGGAGGAAGAAGGCAGCUGAGAGAAGAGAACAAAUCAAGUAGUUUGAGAAACAAGUAUGGGAGAUCAAUUGGGUUUGCUAAAGGUUACUGUUGUGCAAGGUAAAAGACUGGUAAUUCGCGACUUCAAGAGUAGCGAUCCUUACGUUGUUGUCAAGUUGGGCAAUCAGAUGGCAAAAACCAAGGUUAUCAACAGUUGCCUUAAUCCUGUUUGGAAUGAAGAGCUAAGCUUCUAUCCUACAGAACCCGUCGGAGUUCUAAAUCUGGAAGUGUUUGACAAAGACUUCCUCAAGACGGAUGAUAAGAUGGGACAUGCUCACCUGAGCCUUCAGCCAAUAGUCUCAGCUGCUAGAUUGGGGCAAAUAUUACAAGUUUCUUCUUCUGGUGAGACAACAUUAAGGAAGGUUGUCCCAGAUAGUGACAACUGCCUAGUUAGGGAAAGCACCAUAAAUUGUGUAGAUGGCGAGGUGGUGCAGAGUGUUUGGUUGAGGCUUUGUGAUGUCGAGUCUGGGGAAAUAGAAUUGAAAAUCAAGUUGUCUGGUGCGCCUGUUGCUCCCUCACGGUAGUAUCACAUUUACUAUUGGCUUAGGUGUAGGCCUCUGUAGUUUGGUUAUUGUGCAAUGCAACUCCUCUAGGAUUACCAAGGAGAUUGUGAAAGUAGCUUACCAUAGAUUUAGUUUGGGAAGUAGAUUGUUUGAAUGUCUGAAGUCUGUCUGAUUAAAUUGAAAGUCCUGUUCAUGUUGAACUGCUAUAGGAAAUGUUAUAUUCUUUUGGGCUUGCGUUCUUAA